GGAAGCAUAGUUUUUUGCUUCUCCGCCAUGUUCAUGAUCAUGUUACCCAGCAAUAUCAUAAAGCCAGAGAAUGUUGGCUUGUCGCUCUCAUACGGGUUAUCAUUAAACGCCGUGAUGUUUUGGGCCAUAUACAUGAGCUGUUUCAUUGAAAACAAAUUGGUAUCUGUUGAGAGGAUCAAACAGUUCACAAAUAUUCCAUCCGAAGCAACAUGGAGAAACAAGGAUCGUGUGCCUCCUGCAAAUUGGCCCGGUCAAGGCAAUGUUGAUAUCAAAGAUUUGCAGGUUAGAUAUCGUCCAAACACCCCUUUGGUUCUUAAAGGCAUCACCUUAAGCAUCAAUGGAGGAGAAAAAGUUGGUGUUGUUGGACGAACAGGAAGUGGAAAAUCAACUUUGAUUCAAGUUUUCUUCAGGCUGGUGGAACCAACAGGAGGAAAAAUAAUAAUUGAUGGCAUUGAAAUAUCUAUCUUGGGACUUCAUGAUCUAAGAUCACGGUUUGGUAUAAUCCCUCAAGAGCCUGUCCUUUUUGAAGGAACAGUUCGAACUAACAUUGAUCCAACCGGACAAUAUACAGACGAAGAGAUAUGGAAGAGUUUGGAACGCUGUCAGCUAAAAGAAGCAGUGGCUUCCAAGCCAGAGAAACUUGACUCUUCAGUGGUUGAUAAUGGAGAUAACUGGAGUGUUGGGCAGAGACAGUUGCUUUGUUUGGGAAGGGUUAUGCUUAAGCAAAGUAGGUUGUUGUUUAUGGAUGAGGCAACAGCUUCUGUUGAUUCUCAAACCGAUGCUGUGAUUCAAAAGAUCAUCCGAGAGGACUUUGCAGCACGUACCAUCAUCAGCAUUGCUCAUAGAAUACCAACAGUAAUGGACUGCGAUAGAAUUCUAGUUGUGGACGCAGGGAGGGCCAAAGAAUUUGACUCACCAGCCAACUUGGUCCAAAGGCCAUCACUCUUUGUUGCUUUAGUUCAGGAGUAUGCCAAUCGCUCAAAUGGCCUAUAACAAACUUUUGAGUGUCACUUCUGCAAGACAGUAACAGAAAACAUACAUUGUCUAAGCCUAUUAAGUUUUGAGUGAUCUUCCUAGUGCUAUGUGAAAGAACAAAAGACAUUUACCAUGGAAGCAGAAAACAAGUGUUGUGAGACGCAAUUACCGUCUCAAAUAAUUUCUAUUAAUGCAAGUGAAGUUGCCUAAAGUAAAUCUAACGUACAACAAAUACAACCAUUGUAGCAAUUACAGUAUCGAGUGUAACAGCUUCACUGUUGACUUCGCAUUAUUCUGAUUUGCUUGUACUUCUGAUUGAGAAUUAGUUUACAACAUUAAUAAUUUGUUCUUCUGAUACAUGUGGA